CAGACGUAACAGUCACCUGUCCCACGUCAAGGGGAGGAUAUGCCACGUGACAAUUCUUGCAAGGAACCUGGCCUCGCUUUUUACUUACACUCCGGAAUCCACGAGGCGCUAUGCCCGACUGCAAGGCUAUGCCCCACUGCAACGAACCUACCAGCAUCGACCAAAGUGGCGAAACCUACUGCGGCGUAGGGAGCUUCAGGCCACGGAUUCUGCAGCCAUGCAAGCAUAUCCUGUCGUUCUCUGUGGUGUAUGGUUUUGCUGGGCUUAUCUCCCAGAGUCUCAAUGUCUACAUCAACUCUCAGGUCACAGCCCUUGAGAAGCAGUUCCAUUUGGACAGUACCACCACCGGCAUCAUCCUCAGCUGCAAUGACAUAGGCUUCCUCUGCACGGUCCUUCUCGUCAGCCAUUUUGGGAGUAGUCGCCACAUACCCAGAAUUCUGUCUGCGGCCUGCUUCCUGUUUGGUAUUUCCGGUAUUCUUGUGAGCCUGUGUCAGUUUGUUGAUCCAGUCUACUUACCACAGCUAUCAGAUGCUGCUGUUGCCAAUUCCUCCAUGAAGGCGUUCACUGCUCCGCUGUGUCGCCAUGGCAACGUGUCUGAGACCGAAGAGUGCGGAACGGAUGCGACCCAUUCAUCAGUGGGUCCCCGAUGGGUGGUGUGGAUGCUUGGGGCGGGGAUGGUGCUUCAAGGGAUCGGAAAGUCCCCUCGGACGUCGCUCUCUACAACCUACAUCGACAACAACAACCCCAUCAAGACAAAAACAGGGCUAUAUCUAGGUAUAUCCACAACAAUGAUAGUGUUCGGACCCGCGCUUGCCACAGCAAUAGGUGGUGCAUUCCGGCAGAUCCCUGUGGAUCUACAAGAGACCGCUAUGACCCCAACACAUCCAAAAUGGAUAGGUGCUUGGUGGAUAGGCUUCUUGCUGUUUGGGUGUCUGGGAGUCAUUAUUGGAUUUCCUCUAAUGUUGUUCCCUAAAAGUCUGCAGCAACCGUCUAGCCCCGCCACUGCCAAGGACGCAAACAAUCCCGUCAUCCACAGCGUCAAAGAUCUGCCCCGGUCCGUGUUGCGGGUUUUGCGGAGGCCGGUGUACACGUUGUGCGUCACUGGGCUGAUGUUCCUGGUAUUUGUGGUGGCUGGAACGGAGUCCUUCAGCUCUAAAUACGUGGAGAAACAGUUCAUGGUGCCGGGAUACAAGACCAACAUCAUACUGGGUGUACAAAAGUUGGUGGCAGUGACAAUAGGAACGUUUGGAGGAGGAUUAAUAACAUCGCGACUCAAGCUGUCUAGGCUUGGAUGCAGCAGAAUGGUGCUUAUAGCGGUUUGUCUUUCGUGUUUCUUCAACUGCCUGGACUUCUUCCUUGGAUGUGAUACUCCUGACAUACGUGGCUUCAGUUUUGGUGAAGGGGACGUUACUCGUGACGACGGCAUCAACGUAUGCACCUGCGACUUGACUAACUACUUCCCAGUGUGUGGAGACAACAUCACCUACUUCUCUCCCUGCUUUGCCGGUUGUACCAACCAGUCCAAGUCGCUGUAUGGAGGUUGUAGCAAAGUGACCAGCGGUCAGACGACAGCUGGGAUGUGCCCGACCGACUGCCCCUACCUCUACUACUACAUCGCCGUCGACAUGGUGAUGAGAUUGUGCGGCACCAUGUCUAUCAUGCCGAUGUAUAUGCUGCAGAUCAGGAGUGUAGAUGAGCGGGACAAAGCUAUGGCGGUCGGUCUUCUUUCCUUCCUGGCGUCUCUCUUAGGGUUCCUGCCUGCUCCCAUAAUCGCUGGCUAUGUGAUCGAUAGCACGUGUCUCAUCUGGGAUGUCACGUGUGGCGUGAAGGGCUCAUGUGCCCAGUAUGACCUGACAUUACUGAGAUUUAGGCUGAAGGCUCUGGAGGUCAGCGGCAAGGUCAUGUCCGUCACCUUCUUCCUCAUCACCCUGCUUGUACUGAGACGCGAGGAGAGGAUUGUUGGAAAACGUGGAAAAAAGGAAGAGAAAUCUCAGAACUCCAGCAACACGCUUCAAGCAACCAAACUUUGAAAUAGGAUGUGUACAUUAACUAGCUGUUAUAUCUGUACACACUAGGAUACGACUGACUGGGAUGGAAAAGUUACACAUCAUAAUUUCACCAUGUUUAAUGCACAUGCGGUUCAUGGAUCUGCACCAUCCAUGGAUCAUUUCAUAUGCUGUGUGCCAUAAGACUCAUAGUCCUCACCAGGACGGUUUCCUGAAAGAAAACUCUCAGUUGUUUGCUUGUAUGUAUCGAUACAAAAACUGUUGAGCUAAUUCUAAAGGGUACUAUAGUCUGUUUGCAGUGAAAACGUACCGAUGAAUUUCACUCUAUACAAAAAAGUAAAUCGAUUAAAGCGAAAUUAAGAUUGCGAAUCCUCAUAAUUUUAC